AACAACUAAUAGCCAUUGUUUUCGUAAUGACAACAACUUUAACCAUGAACAUAAACUUAUUUAACAAUUUUUUUAUAACAUCGUUAACGCUGUUAACAGUUUACGUGACUGUAAUUUCUACACUGCGUCAACCAGAAUUUGAAGAUUUUCAAAGACGUAUCAUUAAAUUGACUCUAGAGCCUAUUAGUCCAACUGCGUUUUAUGUCGAAUGGAGACUAUUGCCAGACAUAGAUGGCAGUGUAAAUUAUUCUCUGACGUAUUCCACUCAACUGAAUAAUGAAAUUAAGUUAACUAGUAGCAAUAAUUGUACACUGACCGGGUUGAUAGAAUGUGCAGCCUAUACAAUCACGGUGAGGUGUUUAUAUUAUGGAGCUGGUGGAAAUGUGUUUGGUGGUCCCUUUACUUCUACAGUUGCGUUGACUUCACAUAUUUCUCAACUUAAAGUGGUGAGGAACUUAACUGUAGUAACAUCGAGUCAUUUGAUUUUGAUUUCGUGGGAAAACCCGAUGGAACAGAAAUUGUGUACGGCAAAUUUUCACAUUUCGUUGACUUCAAUGCGGGGUACCGGACAAGAAAUACAAACAGAAUUUGACUAUCAUAUGAUAACAGCGUUAGAACCAUGCGCUACAUAUUUCGGUUACGUUUCUGCAGUUGAUUUCUCUGGUGUUAAAGGAAAUCCUGCAGCGUUCAAUGUAACUACGGAUCCUGGAAUACCUGGGCCUGUAGUAAAAUUAACGGCUUCAUCAAAUGGCUCAAGAACUAUAUUCGUUAGAUGGGAUAAACCGAUUAAUUCGUCUUUCUGUAUUCGUCAAUACGAAGUCAUUUAUUGUUACGAUAUAUUUGUUUGCUCAACUAUUUUAACUGAAAACAAUUCUUUGACUAUUUCACAUCUAAUGCCUUGUGUAACGUAUCAAAUAAUGGUCACGCCGAAAAUGUCGAACAUUGAAAAUGGUUUGUCAGCCAAAACCGAAGCCACUGUAAUCGCUGAAGUUUUAGAAAAGCCAAUGAAUGGACGAAUACUGUUUUUAUCUAGUUAUAACGUCACUCUGCAAUGGGAUCAUCAUAUCGAAUCCGAUUGCACUUUAAUACAUCAAAUCGUAAAUUGUACGAGUUUAAAUUUUUCAUUCGAGGUGCCGACUAAUACAUCUGCUCAAGCAAUUACCAUAGAUAACUUGAAACCUUUCACGAAAUACAUUUGUUAUUCAGCAUUUUAUAAUAAGCAAGGUUAUUCAGAAAAAAGUGAUGAAAUCAUAUUUUGGACAAAAUUACAGGUGCCAGAUCCACCAAUGAAUUUAUCAAUCACUAAGUUGUCCGCCAACAGCGUGGUUCUUGCAUGGGCAUCGCCUACUACGAUAUCUCCCGCUGCGAUAGACAAUUACCGUUGGACAGUUACGUUCAAAAAUUUUCUAUACGAACUACCAAAACAUUGUCCACCCAGAACCUUGGAACCUGUGGUUACAUAUUUCGUUAAAAAUGAUCAGACAUAUCAGAACCAAAUUGGAAAUUUAACGCCCGCUAGCUGCUAUUUCAUAGAAUUGAGUGCUGCAUCAGAGUCUGGUUUUGGAAACUCAACAAAUAUUACGAUAUACACGUUAUCUUCGACUAGUUCACCGGUCAAAAACUUACAAGUCGAAUCGAUAGAAUCCAAUUUGGUCGUACUGAGUUGGAAGUAUCCGUGCAUACCAAACGGAAAAAUUGCAUUUUUUCACAGUACGUUGGUAGGAGAAAGACUUGGAUUUCACAAUCACAUUUUCAGUAUUAAAUGUGACAUUUCAGACAACGAAACGGAAUUUGAAUAUAGUUUAACCCAAUUAUUGCCUGAUUAUACAUACGUAUGUACGGUGGCAGCAAUAACUUAUACUGUAGAGAAUCCGGGUCAAGACAAACGCAUUAGAUUUAUCACACCAUCGACAAGCCCGGAAUUACCUAGCAAAUAUGAUACAUAUCGUCAUUUACGAGUGACUGUGUCCGAUAGCCAUCUCACGCAGGUCCGUUUGUCCAUACCCAGCGACUUGUUCUCGAGCGCCUCCGGAAACAUCCAAUACUAUUCGAUAAUUGUUUACCAGGACGGCGGGUUUCCGGAUAAGCCAGAACACGGCAUUAGAACGAAUAAUCCUCGGCAGCAGAUGGAUGAUGAUGUUUGGCCGCCUCCUAUGCGAACAUGGGCUGAAGCUGCACCGUACCCUUUCAUACUGGCGUACCAGACGACACCUGAUCGGUGGAUGCCUUUCAAAGAUCAAAACGAUGGGGUUUUUGACAUUGGCGCGGACGACACAUGUUCCAUAAACGACAAGAAAAGUUAUUGCAAUGGACCGCUAAGACCAGUUACUAACUACAGAUUGAAACUCAGAGCUUUUACAGCGAAUGGGUUUCAAGAUUCUUGGACAGUACCGUUUACUACACGCGGCAAACCCACAGCAGUCUACUACUUGGUGUUGUACAGUGUACUGUUCGCGGUGCUCAUCACUGCGACUGGAAUGUAUUGUAUACUUAAUGAAAAAGUUCCGUGGGCCGUACAGUAUAGAGUAAUACAAACGACUGCAACACUUCAAGAGUCUGGUGUGCCAAAUGAUAUGAAUUUCAAACAUUUAUCAGCCAAAACUCCCCAAGAAAUCGAAGCCGAGUACGACCUAUUGAACAUGUACUCGAAAUCAAACUUCACAACGGAUGUGGCUAUGAUGCCUCAGAACAAGUUCAAAAAUCGUUAUAUCAACACGUUACCAUAUGACUAUAACCGAGUAAUUAUAAGGUCUGGCGACAUCGAUGACUAUAUUAAUGCAUCUUUUAUCGAAGAUUCAAAUGGUAUUCGACAAUAUAUAGCUUGCCAAGGUCCAUUGAAAAAUACUUGCAUUGAUAUGUGGCAAAUGGUCUUAGACCAAGACGUAGCUUCAAUUGUUAUGUUAUGUCAGAUUAGUGAAAAAGAUAAGAUAAAAUGCAACAAAUAUUUUCCAAACAAUAAUGAAAAAUUAGUCUUUGGAGAUAUUCAAGUGAAAAAUGACAUUAUGAUUGUCGACAAAGAACGUUAUUUGUUCACGAUCAGAAUAUUGACGGUUUUAAAAGGACAUUUAAAAAAGACGAUAAGACAUUUUCAAUUUCACGAUUGGCCAGAUUUUGGAACACCGAAAGAUCCAUCGAAAUUAUUGCAGUUUUGGCGUGUAGUACAAGCGAAAUCCCCAAAGGGUCUAGUUGUUGUGCAUUGUAGUGCUGGAGUCGGCAGGACAGGAACUUACAUAGCAUGUGACAUGCUAUUGCGUCUAAUCCACCAGGAUAGAACAAAAUUAAAUGUUUUUAAAACAGUUUUAAGAUUGCGUGAACAACGGACUAAUAUGGUACAAACACAGGCUCAAUAUGAAUUCAUAUACGAUUUUUUAGCGUAUUGUUUAAAUCUACAGACGAAUUCGUUGAAUACAACAACAGAAGAAAAAAAGAAACACGUCUCUCCUACGAACAGUAUGGACGAGUGUGGUACAAGAUUUAUACAAUCAUGAAAAGAUAUAGUAUUCAAUAUUGUAAUAGGUACUAUUCUAAAACGCGUGCUCGCAAUAAUACUUGAUCGAGUUGAUUGGUUAUGUUUAUCUGCAAUGGAGUAAAAAUGUAAAAUGUGCGUUAUACGCGCAGUUACUUAUAUCGCCUAUAUAUUAUUAUGAUAUAUGUAUUAAGAAAAAUAUCACGUCCUCGAUAAAAUACAAUAUUAUCACGUUGGACUCGUUGUUUAACUAUAUACAUUCACUGUAAUUUUUUUCCAAUAAUAUUUGACGGCGUUGUUUGACAAUAAAUGCGAAUAAAUAAUCUAUGAAA